UUUCUCAUUUUUAAAGUAGUUUUUUUUAUAAAACAAAAAUGACCUCAUCUAAUAAAAAAUCCUUUGUUCAUUCACUAGCCAGAAGUAUAAACUACAAGAAACUUUGAUUUCAGAUGAGACUGGACUUGUUAUGCUGCUCACUGCAAAAAAGGGCUGGUUGUGGAAAAAUUGCAGUCAACUCUACAAAAAUGAAUAUUUUUGGCUGAAAUUUUUUUGAGAGUACUAUACUUUUACAUGUUUCAAUUAUAAAUAAAAAUAAUUUUUAGUUUCCAAGAUAUAAUUUUUUUAAAAAGUCACUUUUUUUACCUGCAAGACAACAACUUAACAAAUUGUUGAUUUCAAAUUGUAACAAUUGUUUUGCAAAGUAUGCUGCCUUCUUGUAUUUUCUGUGUUAUCUUCAUCAUACAAUUACUUCAUCUAAAAACUUUCUGCGAUAUAUUCGCAACAACAAAAACAAACAAAACAAAAAAAAAUAAAACAAAAGUUUAACCACCUUCACACCACAGAAUCAAGCAAUCAAGUUACACAAAUUUUCAAACACCUCACCCGACACAGCGUCUCAAGUACGAUUGCGCGAAUUGGUAAAUAUAACUCCGCACGACCACGCAACUCGAAACACAAGUACGCAAACACGGUUGCGUGAAACGUGGCUCGCAAUCGUGAAAUUUACAAGACUUGCUCGACCUGUAGAUUCUUGUGUUGGCAACCCUUGCCAGUGGCCCAGUGGCAACGCUGUCUGGCUGGGGAAGUCGCAAUGACAGACGUGACAGAUAGAUAGAUGUUUUAAGCAAACAUAAGGUCGUCACAAUGAAUUUUAAUAAUUUUUCUGUCUGUAUGAUGUCUGUAAAUAUUUGGUAAUAUAAACUGUGUGUGUCCUUAUAGAAUUGUUUAGUGAUUUCAUAUUUUGGAUGUAAAAUUAUUAUUCAAAUACGUAAAAUCAAGUUUAGUCAAAUGGAAGUCAAACAAGAAAUUAGUGAUGAAAGGUGUAAAGUAGAAGUAGAGUAUAAUGACCUGGAUGACCUUAAAUGUGAAAUUCAUCCUCUUUUGGAUGACGUUAAAUGUGAAAUUAAGGAUGAAUCCAAUACGCAAAGUAUACAUGACACAAAUUAUUAUUUAGAGGUAAAGGAACAUCCUAUAAAUACUAAAAUAGAACAGAGUGAAAGUAAAAUUCACCCAUUUGAAGAAGACCAAAAAACUGAAAAAGAUGAUCUCCAUGAGGACAAAGUGGAAAUUUUGGAGGCAAUAACUGAACAUUCAUCCCACGAAGGAAAUUAUACGAAUCCACAUGCUGAAGGAAAAACAUUAAAUAAAAAUAGGAAAGAUGUGACUGGAAAAAGGCAUUACAAAUGUGAAAUUUGUUUUAAGCAAUUUAGUCAAGCAGAUGAUCUCCAUGAGGACAAAGUGGAAAAUUUGGAGGCAAUAACUGAACAUUCAUCCCACGAAGGAAAUUAUACGAAUCCACAUGCUGAAGGAAAAACAUUAAAUAAAAAUAGGAAAGAUGUGACUGGAAAAAGGCAUUACAAAUGUGAAAUUUGUUUUAAGCAAUUUAGUCAAGCAGGUCAUUUGAAAGUACAUUUGAGAGUGCACACUGGGGAGAAACCUUAUAAGUGUGAAAUUUGUUUCAAGCAAUUUUCUCAGAAAUACCAUUUCGAAAGUCAUUUGAGGUUGCACACUGGAGAAAAACCUUACAAGUGUGAAAUUUGCUUUAAGCAAUUUAGUCAAGCAGGUAAUUUGAAAGUACAUUUGAGAUUGCACACUGGGGAGAAAUAUUUCAAGUGUGACAUUUGUUUUAAGCAGUUUAGUAGAGCAGAUAACUUGACAGUACAUUUGAGAGUGCACACUGGAGAAAGACCUUACAAGUGUGAAAUUUGUUUUAAGAAAUUUUCUCGAAAAGAAGAUGAGAAAGUUCAUUUAAGGCUGCACACUGGUGAGAGACCCUACACAUGUGAAAUUUGUUUUAAGCCGUUUACUACACUAAGUAAUUUGAAAAAACAUUUGAAAGUGCACACUGGAGAAAAACCUUACAAGUGUGAAAUUUGUUUUAACCAAUUUAUUCAAGCAAGUCAGUUGAAAAGCCAUUUGAUGUUGCACACUGGGGAAACACCUCAUAAGUGUGAAAUCUGUUUUAGAACGUUUACUCUACUAGGUAAUUUGAAAAAACAUUUGAGAGUACACACUGGUGAAAAACCUUAUAAGUGUGAAAUUUGUUUUAAGCAAUUUAGUACAACGAGUACUUUGAAAUCACAUUUGAGAGUGCACACUGGAGAAAAACCUUACAAGUGUGAAAUUUGUUUUAACCAAUUUAUUCAAGCAAAUCAGUUGAAAAGCCAUUUGAGGUUGCACACUGGAGAAAAACCUUACAAGUGUGAAAUUUGUUUGAAGCAAUUUAAGGAUACAUUUAGUUUAAAAACACAUUUAAUAGUGCACACUGGGGAAACACCUCACAAGUGUGAAAUCUGUUUUAGGACGUUUACUGUACUGAGUAAUUUGAAAAGACAUUUGAGAGUACACACUGGUGAAAAACCUUAUAAGUGUGAAAUAUGUUUGGAGCAUUUUACCGAAAAAGGUAGUUUAAAAAUACAUUUGAGAAUGCACACUGGGGAAAAACCUCACAAGUGUGAAAUUUGUUUUAAACAAUUUAGUCAAAAUGGAAGUUUGAAAAGACAUUUAAGAAUACACACUGGAGAAAAACCUCAUAAGUGUGAAAUUUGUUUUAAGCAGUUUACUACAGCAAGUCAUGUAAAAAGACAUUUGAUGGUGCACACUGGGAAAAAGACUUACCAGUGUAAAAGUUAGUUUUUGCCGGUUUUCUCAAAUAAAUAUUUUGAAACAUUUAAGGACACACAAUGGAGAAAAAAACCUCAAUAAUAAUAAAACUUAGAUAGA